ACGUGACCUUCCUCCCACAGCAACGUGCACACGUGUGUCUGUGAAUUCAAACAGGAAAGAGCUGGAGGCAGGGGGACGUGUGUGAUUCGAUCAGGCGCGCUGCGGACACUCCUGCUGAAGGGGUCCUGAGAUAACAGCGUCGCGGAGCAGCGGGGUGUGACGUCACAUCAUGGCGGCGUCCACCCGAGCGCAGGUGAUCUCCCUGUACAGGACGAUGCUGAGAGAGAGCAGCGGGUUCCCUUCGUACAACUACAGGACCUAUGCAGUGCGGCGGGUGCGUGAUGCCUUCAGGGCCAACAGUAAAGAAGAGGAUCCAAAAGCUGUGGCUCGACUGAUAGAGGAGGGACAGCGGACAGCGGAGCUGAUACACAGACAGGUCGCUGUGGGGAAGAUGUACGAGUCCCAGAAGAUGGUGUUGGAGUAAAUGGACGGAGAAGAGGAGGAGGCCUGUGACAGCAGACGACAGGAUGUGACAUCAGAGACGGGAGCCAAUCGCUGCUCGGACGUCACCAACCUUCUUCCUCCAUCUUUCAUUUGACACCCCGGUGACUGGUGGAGGUGUGAAAUGCAUUGUGGGAGAUGUAGGACUGAAGAACAUAGUUUAUUUUCCGGGCUGCACUGAUCACAGGAUCUUUACAUCAGUGUGACGUUGUUUAUCUGCAGAUGUGAGAUCUUAUUGUUUCAGUGUUUUGUGAUCGUUAAUGUUUCCUCAUCAGGUGGAUUCAGGUGAAGCCAGUUUGAACGGAAACAUCUUUUCUACGAGGACAGAACCUUGUUCAAAUCUCAUUGUUUACAAGCUGAGUCUGAACCUUUAAAAACGUGAAAACAAGAACAGGAAUAACAUUAAGAUUGAAUUUGAUCUCCAUCAUUGGUCGGUGCAGCCAUCAUGUGCUUUUGAUUAUUUUUUGUGAGUGUUAUUUUUUAACAUAUAAAUAAAGUUCUAAAUGUAUUUAAA